AUGGCAAUGAAUAGUUUUAUUAAAUUUAUAUUGUUUAUUGGUACCUUAUUAUUGUUAUCACGUUUGUCAUUGGCUUGGACAGAAGGUCAACAUUUAGAUAUUCAUGUAGUGCCUUUUACAUUAUUUAAAUCAAAUGAGAUAGAUAAUGAAAGAAUAAUAAACAAUGCAUAUCAAUUAUUAUCACAAGAUAUUCAUUCGAAUAUAAAAAGAAAAAUCAUUAUUCCUGAAGUUUACAAUUUCAAGUCUUGGUGGAAUAAAAUUUCUUCGCAAACCACAAUCUCCAGUAAAGUUAAACAAUUGGUUAAAGAUGGUCAUAUUGAAUUUGUAAAUGGUGGUAUGACAAUAAUGGAUGAAGGUUUGAUUGAUUACAACGAGUAUAUUGAUCAAUUGGUGGACGGUGUCAAAUUCAUUACAAAGACAUUCCAUGUGAAACCAAAGAAUGCUUUCAAUAUCAAUAGCUAUGGUCAUUCCGAGGGAAUUGCAUACGUUCUUGCUUCGAUGGGUAUUGAGAAUAUGGUUGUCAACCGAAUCUCUCGUGAGAUCAAGAAUCAAAUGAGUUCCAAUAAGCAUUUGGAGUUCCUUUGGAAAGAAUCACACAGUCGCCACACCAAUACCUCCUUCAGUAUCUUUACUCAUGUCACCCCGAAUGACGAGAUUGGAAUUGGUCAGUCGUGUGGUCCCGAUCCAGAGGUGUGCAAACUGUUUACUUUUGUCGACAAGUCGGUCAGCGAUGUCAGCGAACAACAAUUGAAAAAGAUGGCACAUCAACUACUCGACCAACACCGUUCGAAAGCCUUGGGAUUCCGUACCAACCAACUACUGAUUCCUUUUGGUGAUAUCGAAUUCUUCAAGGACAUGGAGUAUGCCUCAAAGAUGAUCAAUUUCUACGAAGCGAUGUUUGAUGAAAUCAACUCUAAUCCAUCGCUAAAGACAUCGAUCCGAUGGAGUACACUUGCCGAUUACUUUAGAGGUGUUCAUCACUCGCAAUACCCAAUUGGAUUAGCACCAGUCAAGACAUUUGGUGACGCCGAGUUGUCCGAGCAAAACCAUGAACAAGUUCCACCAGGAUCCCCAAUCAUCCCAGACUCUAGAGAAUUUAAUAUUUACCGUGGUGAUUUAUUCUCCUACGGUAAUAUUGAAGAAGAAUAUUAUACCUCUCAUUAUUCAUCAAUUUCAGAUAUUAGAAUAUUAGUAAAAAAUACUACAAAUAUUAUGAAAUCUAUUGAACAUUAUCAUUCAAUGUUACAAAAUAAUAUUGUUGAUAAAGUAAAAGAUUUUAAUACAAUUGAUGAAUGUAAACAAAGUAUUUAUCUUUUCCAACGUGAUCAAUCAUUAAUUGGAAUGGGUACAAAAGAACAUUAUCAAACUAUAAUGGAUAAUAUGAGAAAUUGUCAAUCAAACUUGACAAACUCAUUAAGUAGAUUAACAAAUAUUGGAAUUUCUUGUAAAAAACCAAUUGAAAUUAAAUUGGAAGGUGAAGUUUCCAAUGGUGCACCAAAACCAACCAUUGAAAUAUCAGAGAAUUCUGACCAGUCAUUGGUAUUCUAUAAUCCUUUGGAAGUGAAGAGAGAAGAGGUCUAUCGACUCUUUGUCAAUACACCAAAGGUUAUGGUUCGCAACCAUUUAAAUACACCGAUUGUCGCUCAAGUCAAUCCGGUGUGGUCCGAUACCGAUACCUCUAUUAUUCCAGAAGCCAGCAUCUAUGAACUCUUGUUUUUCGUUGAAGUCAAUCCACUCGGUAUGUCCACCUACAAACUCCAAUACUCAGAGUCACCAGACACCACCAUUCCAGCCACCUCUACAAUCCUCACCACUAGCUAUCUCUCAAUGGAAACCAGUGAUUUCGAACCGUUCGUUAUCAACCAAGUAAGAAUCGGUUCACAGGAGCUGAAUCUUGAGAACUCAAUGUAUCGUUUGCGUUUGAGACAUACCUCUGGCUCAAUGGAACGUCUUUACAUCAAGGGUAAGGAGAUUGAGAUGCCUCUGAUGAGUCAGAACAUGUAUUACGUUCACUCGAGCUCCAAUGCAGCGGUGCCAAUUCUUCCACCGGGAGAGGUUCAACCCAUUAAACAACCAACCAUUCUAAUGCGUCUAAUCAAAGGUCCAAUCGUACAAGAAAUCAUUUCCUACAAAAACUCUACACUCAGUCCAUUUAGAAAACAAAAUAUUCAACUAAUCAACUGUAUGGAUGCGCUGAAGCAUGAGUGCACCGAUGUCUCCAAGACCAUACUUUUCGCCACCACUGUCGAGAAGAAUGAUUAUACACAUGAUCCAAUUGUCAGAUUCUCUAUUAAUCCAACAACAUCGUCCGAUCUCAACAAGAAAGUUGUCUACUACACCGACAAGAAUGGAAUUUCACUUGUCCAGAGAAAGAUCUCACAGUUCCAGAGUUAUAAAACGAAAUUCUAUCCAAUCUCUGCAAUUGCCUAUAUUGGUGAAUCCAACUCUGUCUCUGGAUUGAAACUGGGUGUGUUGACAAGAAUUCCAUUGGGUGUGGCCGGUGUCAAUGAAGGUAUCCUCGAUGUCAUGGUUAGAAGUCAUCGUAUGGCAACCAACGAAGGUCCAAUUACUAUUCCACUCUGGCUGACCAUCCAACAAGGUAUGGAGAUGUCAUCACCACAAUUCCCAUUCCAACUGGUAAGAACUAUCCAAUCACCAUUGAUCUCUGCAUCAAUUAAAUCGGCUGCAUCGGAAUGCGCUGGUUCCUUCCAACCGAAUAUACACAUUCCAUCGAAUCUCCAAAUGAUUUCUCUCGGUCCACUCGAAGACGACGUAAACUACCUGAGAUACCUCAACACUGAACAUUCACGACCAGUCAGUAUUGAGUUGGCCAAGUUAUUCCCAGCAUUCGAUGUCGAUCAUGUAUUCACCUCGGACUUGACAUUGGUUCAAUUUUUGGAUGGCAAUAAUAUGUCGAUUGUCUUGCCACCCGGUAGAUUGACAACGAUGAUCGCCAAACUCAAAUACCAACCAUCUAAAGUCAAAGAGCAAAAUGAAGUUGAUUCAGUACCCAAGUCAUUCACUCAGCAAUUCCAAGACACUGAAGUGCGUGUCAAGCAACAAACUCUGGCCAAAGAUCUCAAUUUGAAACAACAGAGUUUCGUUCCAGACAACGCACCACCCAAGUUCAAUUCUCCACACGUCAAAGGUCCAUAUGAAAACAUUAUCAAUAAUAACAAUCAGCCAGUUGAAAUGAUACCGGUCAUCGAAAGUGGAACUGAGACCAAAGAACGUAGAAUCCAAGAUCAACUCGCCGGCAAAGUCAAUGAGAAUGAAGUUGCCACUGAACACCAUGUGGCUGUCAAGAAUCAACAACAUUCCAAUAAGAAAGUAGAUCCGGCCAAGGAGUAUAUUAAACAGCAGCAACCACAAGCAUUCAACCAGAAUGCUUUCAACCAGAAAUCAGUCAACCAAGGUCCACUCAGUAAGGAUGCCAUUAAGGACCUCUUUAAGACUCAUAUCGAUCCAAAUGCAGCUCCCGAGGCACAAGAGCACAACCCAGAGAUUGAGAAGCAAAAGGCCAAAGACCUGAUGGAAAUUCAAAAACAAAUUCUAGAGAGAAAGAAAUUGGAAAAAGAGAAAUUAAAAGAGAAGAAAGUUGAGAAGGAGGUUCAUGAUCAACAAACAAAUUUACAACAGCAACAACAAAUUCAACAACAACAACAACUCAUCCAACAACUUCAACAACAACAACAACAACAAAAACCAAUCCAACAACUUCAACAACAAGAUAAUAAUCAACAAUUAUUACGUCAACAACAAUAUCAACAAAUUCUACAACAACAGAAUCAAAUGCAAGCAAAAGAAAUGUCUUUAAAUAACCUAAACAAAAAUAAUGAAGUAAUUAGUAAUAAUAAUAAUAAUAAUAAUGAAUAUCAAUCCAAUCCAUAUAUCAAAGUCAAUGAAAACUAUGAUAAGAUCAACAAUGAAUUGGUUUCAAGGAGAUUGAUUGAUGGUCAGCCAAAACAAGAAAAGAUCAAUAUUCAAAUGGAUGACAAGGCACUGGACUGGUUGAAUCUCAAUAAACAAUCAGAGAUCAAGGAGAUGGAGGAGUUGAAGAAGAUCAAGUCUGCCUACUCUAUGUUACAGCAAGAUCUUAUGCUCCAAAAGAUGUCGAUGGAAGAUGUAAAGAUGGAGAGAGACAGAAUGUUGGAACAACUGAGAAUGAGCAUCAAGUCACAUGAAGAGUUAAAGAUUCAACACCAAGUGAAUCUCGAUCUACUCUCCAAGACUAGAGAUGACAUGAAGCGACUACACUCACAGUUUGAAGCACAAAAGGAACAACAACGUUCACAGAAGGAAGAGUUGAAUAGCUACUAUCGUAAGCAGCUCGAUGAGAAACAACAACAGCUCAACGAUCUUCAGAAACAGAGUAAGGACACCAAGGAGAUCGGUGUAAUGGCAGCCAAGGAGAAUCUUUUCAACAUGGUGCGUGUCAAGGAGUUGGAAGAUGCAAUCAAACCAACACCAGGACUGUUUGGACGACUCUUGGAGAAGCUAUCCAAGAUGGAUAUCAUGCCAAACGAGGUGACCACUCCACCAAAACCGUUGCUGCCACUUGAGAAGAUAUUGAAUGCCAUCGAAUCCGAUAUCAACAUGCGUAUUCGAGGCAUGAAACAAGAGAUUCAAACUCUCAUGAAGAAACCACCCAACCCCGGUAAAGUGACCGUACGUGAGUUGCACAUCAAGAGAUUGAGAGAGCAGCUCGAUCUCAUUGAGGGCAUGCGAAAGCAGAUCGCCGAGAAUCCAGAGGUGGGAAUGCUAGAGUUGGAGGAUGUUUACGAUGGCGAGAUCCUGCUGGGCAGAAAAAUGCAGCCUGGCUACCCAAGAAAGUUUGACGCAACUAAAUCGGGAGAUGACUACUUCUACGUGUUUAUUGCACUCGCUAUUGUUCUGAUGGUUGUCUACGUGUUCUGGGUAUACACAAGACGUCGACAUCAACACAAAGACUACAAAUCACCAAUUCACACCUCGGUAUCAGGUCACCCCAACAACCCUGUUAAAUCAACACUCUCAUACUUUAGUGGUAUUUCACAUCAAGAAAGUAAAGUUGAAUAG